GUUCUCCGGUCCACGGCGUUGGUCCCUUCCGCUGCUUGGGUUUCGGUAUGGUCGCCUUUUGCACUAGUCGGUUUCGGUCGGUUGCAAUGGCGUGGCAUGAGUAGUUGCACUACACGAUGUGGGUUUCGGUUUCUUUGCGUGGCUCUCCGGUCCACGGCGUUGGUCUCUCCGUUGCUUGGGUUUCGGUAAGGUCGCCAUUUGCACUAGUCGGUUUCGGUCGGUUGCAAUGGCGUGGCACGAGCAGUUGUACUGCUCUAUGUGGGUUUCGGUUUUCGGUCGUGGUUCUCCGGUCCACGGCGUUGGUCUUUCGCUGCCCGGGUUUCAGCAUGGUCGCCGUAUGCACUAGUCGGUUUCGGUCGGUUGCAACGGCGUGGCACGAGUAGUUGCUUUACUCUAUGUGGUUUCGGUCUCCUCUCGUUGGCGAUGCGACUAGUGGGUUUAUUUCGGUCUUUUCCCUUUCGCACUUAUUGAUGCGAGUGUCAUGGCGUUCAACUUGCGGUGGUGGACUAUAUGCUUGGAGCGAUUCCAACCGUGUGGUCUGUUGAUGUAAGUUGUGUUGCACUUGAUGUUUGCGAUGCAAGACGGUGCGUGAGUUGUCUCCGGCAUUUGUGGUUAAGAUGGAUCAUUGCCGUAGCAAUGACGUCUUGCCGCCUUGCCUUCUCAGUGUCGAUUGCCUCGGUGCUGCUGGGGCCGAUUUUCCAUGGUUUCCGGUGUCGAAUACCGCUGCGGGUGGCAUUUUGCAUGUUAACUCUCGAUUUCCGUCCUGUGCUCGUCCUCGUUUGUAUGCGAGGGUGUGCGUGGGAUGGACGCCAAACGCCUACUUGUGCUCGGUGCAACCCUUGGUUGUGAUCUGGGCAUACGAGUAGUUGUGCAUGGCUCUUGGAUUUGGUAUAAGCACGGGGCAUUGGAAUUCAUCUUCUUCUUUCCCCGUGUGCCAAUGUGGCACGCUAGUCCUACGCAUGACUGCUUUGUUGCAUUGAGUGUUCUUUCGUCGCUCGUGCUCGGGGCAUCAUUUAGGAAUGUUACCUGGUUGAUCCUGCCAGUAGUCAUAUGCUUGUCUCAAAGAUUAAGCCAUGCAUGUGUAAGUAUGAACUAAUUUAGACUGUGAAACUGCGAAUGGCUCAUUAAAUCAGUUAUAGUUUGUUUGAUGGUACCUACUACUCGGAUAACCGUAGUAAUUCUAGAGCUAAUACGUGCAACAAACCCCGACUUCUGGAAGGGAUGCAUUUAUUAGAUAAAAGGUCGACGCGGGCUCUUGCCCGUUGCUGCGAUGAUUCAUGAUAACUUGACGGAUCGCAUGGCCAUAGUGCCGGCGACGCAUCAUUCAAAUUUCUGCCCUAUCAACUUUCGAUGGUAGGAUAGUGGCCUACUGUUAGACCCCUAAGUUCUGAGGGUCUUUGACGGGUCAAGUUAGCCUUGGCUUGACUGCGGCAUUGGGUGUGGCAUCAAGGUUGUCCCUUAGUUCGUGAGCAUCGGGUGUUGAUUGACCGCGGCAUGCAAGGCAGGGCCUUGGGCAAGCGUGGGGCAAGGCAACGGAGAUGGCUUUGAGGAGCUAAGGCAAGUGACAGUUAGCUCGUGGGUGGCUUGGUUUAGGCCGCGGCAUGGAUGCUAGCAUGAGUGGUCGCGACGUUUCGGGUUUACGCCGCGGCAUGACUCAAGGCUGAAGGCGGUUGACGGUUAUGGGGCGAACAGUCGCGACGGUUCGGGUUUACGCGCGGCAUGAAGCAAACGGAUGCACCAAGGGAGCGAACCGGUGGCAUUGGCUGUGCGGCUUCAACUGUUGCCCAACGAAGAGACGCGUCCUUUAGCUAUGGCAGUUGGCUUGUAACUGCCAGACCUGGCCGGUCUAUAAAUUGCGCCGCGGCAUAACCACGAGUUUUGUAGGCAAGAGUGCGUGGCAUUGCUUGUAUUGUCCUUUGUAUUAUUUUGUGAGAUUAAUACAAGGUUGGUCGUUGACCGUAAAGUGUUGUGUGUGCCUUGAGUUUAUUCUAAGUGUCCCAAGUGUCCCUAAACCUAAGUAAAACGGGUUUGUGAGUUAGGCUGACUAUCUUAAGGGUUAAGAUAGGCCGUACACGAGCGAAAAUUCUAAGUCCAGAAUUUCCCUGUGUAACAAUUGGUAUCAGAGCUGAUGGCUGACGACAGUGCUUCGUUUAUGGGCGACCAGGAAAGUCCGGACACCGCAAGGAUCUUUAUUCAAAGCCUGAUCGAGGAUGCACUUAAGCCCGUGUUGCAGCGGCUUGAGAUGGUGGAAGCCUCGAGGAUGGAGUUUGAAAGUGAGAAUGAGAUUCUCAAAACCGAGAUUAUGAUUUUGAAGAAAGCCCUGGCAACGGGCCCGCGCCCGGGUGUGGAUGGCAGUUCUUCAAAAGUCAGGGUUCCGGAGCCGAAGUGUUUUGCUGGUGCCCGAAACGCAAAGGAAUUGGAGAAUUUCCUUUGGGACAUGGAGGAAUAUUUCAAGGCUGCCAAGAUUCCGGAAGAGGAGAAAGUUGUGAUUGCUCCUAUGUACCUGUCCGAGGAUGCUAAGCUUUGGUGGCGAGGCAGAUCGGCGGACGAUGUGGCUUCUGGAAGGCAAGGCAUUGAGUCAUGGGAAGGGCUCAAGCGGGAAUUGAAGGCACAAUUCCUUCCACAUAACGUUUCCUGGAUGGCGCGGGAAUCGUUGAAGAAAUUGAAACAUAGCGGUUCAAUCCGUGAGUACGUGAAGGAGUUCUCCUCACUCAUGUUAGACAUUCAUAACAUGAGCGAUGAGGAUAAACUCUUCAACUUCAUGAGUGGCUUACAACCAUGGGCGCAGGCCGAGUUGCGGAGACUGGCUGUGAAAGACUUACCCACGGCUAUGGCUGAGGCGGAGAGUUUGGUUGACUUCAAAGCAACGGCCCCUCAAGGCAAAAAGGGGGACCACGGCAAGAAGGACCAGGCUGGCAAGGCAAAGCAUGGUGGGAAGGACAAGUCUAAGAAGAAGGACUCGAAGUCUUCUUCUGAUGGAGGAAAGAAGGACAAGUCUCAGUCCGGGUGUUGGACAUGUGGGGGAGACCAUUUUCAGCGUGACUGUCCCAAAGCCUCCAAGAUAAAUGCCAUGGUUGAAGGGGAAUCGAAGGACCAAGGGGCUGGUCCGUCCCAUUGUAGCCCUCUUCAGUUGCUGACUGCUAUGAAUGAGAGACCCCAACGGGUGGUUAACCGGGGGUUGAUGUACGUGAAUGUACAGAUCAACGGUGUCGAGAUCUUGGCGAUGGUCGACACUGGUGCAAGUCAUAACUUUGUUGCGGAAAGGUUGAUUCCUAAGUUGCGACUUGAACUUGAGGAGAAUAGUUCCAAGAUGAAGACGGUGAAUGCCGCGGCCAGAGAUGUUACUGGUCGGGCAGAUGUUUCUCUCAAAGUCGGAGACUGGUCAGGAGUCUGUAGCCUGACAGUGCUGCCACUGGAUGACUUUGACGUGAUCUUGGGGAACGAGUUUCUCCUGGCUGCAAGGGUGGCAGUGUUUCCCUAUUUAGGAGGGAUGAUGAUCAACGACGAAGAGAAGCCUGGCUUUGUGAGAGGCAGGUACACGGACCAAGGUAAGGCAAAAGGGAUUGCCGCAUGCUCGGCUAUGCAGAUUAAGAAAGGCAUGAAGCGUGGAUACGAGACGUAUCUGGCUGUCAUGAUUGAGACCAAGGAAGGGAUUUACCAAGAUGUUCCGGAAAGAGUUGCUGACUUGUUGGAAGAAUUCAAAGAUGUGAUGCCACCGGAGUUGCCCAAGAAGUUGCCUCCUAGACGUGCUGUGGAUCACAAGAUUGAAUUGGUUCCAGGAGCGAGGCCACCUGCCCAGGCCCCUUAUCGGAUGUCCCCAUCGGAGUUGGAGGAGUUGCGGUCCCAGUUGAACGAGUUGCUGGAGAGCGGCCUGUUGCAGCCUUCCAAGGCACCCUAUGGCGCUCCAGUUCUGUUCCAGCGGAAGCAUGAUGGUUCCCUCCGGAUGUGUGCUGAUUACCGAGCCUUGAACAAGGUCACUGUGAAGAACAAGUAUCCAAUACCGAACGCACAGGACUUGUUUGACAAGCUGUCGAAGGCGAGGGUUUUCUCAAAGCUGGAUUUGAGGGCGGGCUAUUGGCAAGUCAGAAUCAGUCCCGGAGAUGAGGGUAAAACGACCAUAGUCACUAGAUAUGGCUCCUAUGAAUUCCUUGUAAUGCCGUUUGGGCUAACCAAUGCCCCGGCAACUUUCUGCAACUUAAUGAAUGAUGUUCUUUACAAGUAUCUUGAUUUGUUUGUCGUUGUGUAUUUGGAUGACAUUGUGGUGUAUUCGAACUCUGUUGAAGACCACAUUGUGCAUCUUAGAAAGGUCUUAACGCAACUGCGUAGGAACGAGUUGUAUGUUAAGAAAGAAAAAUGCGAGUUUUGCAUGGGCCAGAUUUCGUUCCUUGGGCAUGUGAUUAGCCAGGGAGAAAUCAAAAUGGAUUCAAAGAAAGUUGAAGCCAUUGUUGACUGGCCGGUCCCUAGGGAUGUGGGACAGUUGAGAUCGUUCCUUGGGUUAGCCAACUAUUAUCGGCGGUUCAUUAGCGGCUAUUCCAAAAGGGCAAACCCUUUGACAGAUUUGACGAGGAAGAAGCAGAGUUGGAACUGGACAGAGGCCUGUCAGCGUGCCUUUGAAGAUUUGAAGAAGGCCGUGGCUAGUGAGCCAGUCCUGAAGUUGCCAGACUUUGCUGCCCCGUUCGAAGUCCAUACCGAUGCCUCAGACCGAGCUUUAGGCGGAGUGCUUGUGCAGGAUGAGCACCCUGUGGCCUUUGAAAGUCGGAAACUGAAGGAUGCGGAGACAAGGUACAGCGCCCAUGAAAAGGAAAUGACGGCCGUUGUCCAUUGUUUGGAAGUAUGGAGGCACUACUUGCUUGGUACGAAGUUUAAGGUGGUGACCGACAACGUGGCAAACACGUACUUCAAGUCCCAGAAGAAGCUGUCCCCAAAGCAGGCUCGAUGGAUGGAGUUCCUGGACGAGUUUGACUUUGACUGGGUUCAUAGGCCAGGCCGGCACAAUGCCGUGGCAGAUGCACUUAGUCGGAAGGUUGUUGAUGAGUAUGUCAACGCUUUGGUGAUGGUGCAGGGGAAUAUGGUGGAACGGAUAAAGGAAAUGGCUAAGGAAGACCCAAGUUAUCAACGUUUGUGUGAACAGGUGGCAAGCGGUGCCGUGAGAAGGUACUGGCUGGAAGAUGGUGUCCUCUUCGGCAAAGGAGGACGACUAUAUGUCCCUGUUGGUGGACUUCGCGUGGAGCUCUUGAAGGAGACUCAUGACCCGCAGUGGGCAGGUCAUCCCGGUGUGGCACGGAUGUUUGCACUGCUGUCCAGAGAUUACGUAUGGCCAAAGAUGGAGCAGGACAUCGAGGCAUACGUGAGGACGUGUCUUGUGUGCCAGCAAGACAAAACGGAGAAAAGGAAGGAAGCGGGUUUGCUUCAACCUUUGCCAAUCCCGAGCAGGCCUUGGCAAUCUGUUUCUAUGGAUUUUAUUUCAGGUUUUCCUAAAGUUGGUGGCAUGUCAACCAUUUUGGUGAUCGUGGAUCGAUUUUCCAAGUAUGGGGUGUUCGUGGCUGCUCCAGAUUCCUGUCCGGCUGAAGUAACGGCGGAGCUGUUCUUCAAAAAUGUUGUGAAGCAUUUUGGUUUACCGGAAGAUAUCAUCAGUGAUCGGGAUUCAAGGUUCACUGGAAGGUUUUGGACUGCCCUGUUCAAGAUCCUUGGCAGUGAUUUGAAGUUCUCCACUGCGAAUCAUCCGCAAACCGACGGGCAGACGGAGAGGAUGAAUGCGUUGCUAGAGGAAUACUUGAGGCACUAUGUGACUGCAAGUCAAAAGAACUGGCUUGAGUUGCUGGAUGUAGCGCAGUUUUGCUACAAUCUUCAUCAAACAAGUACGACUGGAAUGACUCCGUUCGAGUUGGCUCUCGGAUUUCAACCCUUGGCGCCUCACCAAGUGAUUGCAAGGGUAGGGGGGCAGUGUCCAGCGGCAGUACGUUUUGCAAGGGACAAGCAAGAGCUGAUUGAGGAGGCCCGAGAUAGUCUUGCGUUGGCCCAAGCAAGGAUGAAGAGACAAGUUGACCAGCGGAGAAGAGAUGUUCAGUUCCAAGUCGGGGACUUGGUGAUGCUGAAAUUGACUCCACAGAUUUGGAAGAAGAUCAGUACCAAGUCUGUUCACCGAGGCUUGAUUCCGAAAUAUGAUGGUCCCUUUGAAGUCAUGCAUAAAGUGGGUGAAGUGGCUUAUCGUUUGAAGCUACCAGAGAGAUUGAAGAUCCAUCCUACUUUUCAUGUAAGCUUCUUGAAACGAUUCAAUCAAGAGGAGUUUGAUGCUUCGAGGCAGCAAGCAAAGAGAGCCCCUCCGACGAUUCGAAGUCAGUUUGAGAAGGCUGUGGAGAAGAUCUGGGACCAUUCUAUUAAAGGACAAAGCAAGAAGAACCGGCGCACGGAGUACCUAGUCCAGUGGGAAGGUGACUCCAAGGCAGAUGCGGUUUGGGUGAAAGACAUCAACUUGUGGCAGUUCGAAGACAAGAUCGAGGAGUACUGGCGGAGCCGGGAUGGAACUUCGCAGCCUCCGACGAGGACGUCGGACUCUCCUGGUGGGGGAGGUUUGUUAGACCCCUAAGUUCUGAGGGUCUUUGACGGGUCAAGUUAGCCUUGGCUUGACUGCGGCAUUGGGUGUGGCAUCAAGGUUGUCCCUUAGUUCGUGAGCAUCGGGUGUUGAUUGACCGCGGCAUGCAAGGCAGGGCCUUGGGCAAGCGUGGGGCAAGGCAACGGAGAUGGCUUUGAGGAGCUAAGGCAAGUGACAGUUAGCUCGUGGGUGGCUUGGUUUAGGCCGCGGCAUGGAUGCUAGCAUGAGUGGUCGCGACGUUUCGGGUUUACGCCGCGGCAUGACUCAAGGCUGAAGGCGGUUGACGGUUAUGGGGCGAACAGUCGCGACGGUUCGGGUUUACGCGCGGCAUGAAGCAAACGGAUGCACCAAGGGAGCGAACCGGUGGCAUUGGCUGUGCGGCUUCAACUGUUGCCCAACGAAGAGACGCGUCCUUUAGCUAUGGCAGUUGGCUUGUAACUGCCAGACCUGGCCGGUCUAUAAAUUGCGCCGCGGCAUAACCACGAGUUUUGUAGGCAAGAGUGCGUGGCAUUGCUUGUAUUGUCCUUUGUAUUAUUUUGUGAGAUUAAUACAAGGUUGGUCGUUGACCGUAAAGUGUUGUGUGUGCCUUGAGUUUAUUCUAAGUGUCCCAAGUGUCCCUAAACCUAAGUAAAACGGGUUUGUGAGUUAGGCUGACUAUCUUAAGGGUUAAGAUAGGCCGUACACGAGCGAAAAUUCUAAGUCCAGAAUUUCCCUGUGUAAC